GCUGUUAGUAUUUUUACGUAGAUUUUCAAUACAAGAGGCUUAAGUGCACUGUCGUAGUUUAAUCGCAAAGUAUCACACAGGUCUUCUAGUUCAGUAGAAUCGGCUAAGUUGCUUAUGCGAUCCAUGGAUUCAGAAAACUUUUCCAGAAGAUGCCGCUUUGUGGUUCACCAGACCUUUCAAGAAGCAGCAAUGGGGACUAUAUAUAUAACUCGGCGGCCGUGAGAUGGAAGAAGAGUACUGAAUACGGUAGAGUAGCAGAGCGGAGUGGAGUAUAGUGCAGUUAAUGGCGACAUGAUAAUUA